AUGGUAGUGGCAGUCCCAUAACGGCAAUAACCUUUGGGGGAUUAUUUAUUGUUGGUGCCUUUUGUAUGCUAUGGUACAAUGAAAGACGGUAACUGUUUAUAACUUAACAACCUCUAGAUAAGCUAUAACGGAAUACAGAAUAAACCAGGCUUAUAAAGAAUGCACAUCAGUCGAUUCAGCCCAAAUUAAUCCGAACACUAAUAAUAAAUUAAUUCACACGAAUGUCAGACCAAUUAACUAAUAGUUGAUGAGAUCUUUGGGCUCUAAUUAAAAGAUUGUGUGAAAUUAAUAAGAAGUGUUGAAAUGUUUCAAUGGGUGAGAAGAUCAAGAUAAGAAAAUAAUAGAACAACUUAUUAUUACGAAUAAAUUUGGAGUUCAACUUUUCAUGCAGAUGUGGGAGACGGGUACUUCAAUGAUUAAUCGAAAUGGAUAGUAUAAGCUGAAGAUAAAAUUAACGAAAAUGUUUAUGUUGGAGCCUAUUUAAUAACAAAAUCUCUGGCUGAACAAACAGAUGCAAAUGAAAUUAUUAAUUUAACUUCUGAGCAUGCCCAAAACGUUGCCAAAUAUUUUGCUACUUAACGAAUAUUCUAACAUUUUGAUGCUUAAGGGAAGGAAAUGUAUUUUUAAUAAGAAAAAGGUAGACUUCUCAACAAUGAUCUUAGAGUAUCUUUUAGAGCUGCAAGAAUAGGCCCAACAACUGUAGUGUCAUAAUAAUAAAAUAACACUUUCACUCCUUAUAUUAUUCAUGAUAAAUAUGAAUAAACAUUAAAUUAGGAUGGUGAAAAUCUUGAAAAUCCUAAUCCUUUGGGAAUAUUAUCUUGCUGUUGUUGCUGUUGUUUUUGCUGUUGUCAACUUUGCAAAGCCAUAGAAUAACCUUUAUCUGAAUUGAAUUUACUCUAUUAAGCUGUCCUAACAUAAUAGUAGGUUUUUAAGAAAUUGGCUGAAGAAUAUGCUUGUCUAACUCUGUGUUAAAGAAUCACAGGAUAUAUCUUAAUGGGAUUUGGAUUUUAUUUAAUCUUCUAUCCUGUAACAUGGGUUGUAUCUUUGGUUCCUUUAAUUGGUGACUUUUUAGCUGCAAUAACAGGAUUUGCGUUUUUUUUGGUAAGUUUCUUAAUUUCUAUUCCCUUUUCUAUUCUAACAAUUGCAUUUGCAUGGCUUUUCUAUCAUCCAAAGUAUGGAAUUGCAUUAAUAGCAUUAUCUGGUUUAAUUGGAGCUGGCAUCUAUUUUUAUUUAAAAAGUCAAUAAUGA